AUGCCGACGAAUGACCCAGUCCGUGCUCAUACGAUGCAGAUGUCUUCUACGCCGGUCAGAUAUGGCGAUCUGCCAAAAGAACUACCUACAGACGACCCAGACGAUGUUCUCUUCAACUCUCAGUAUGGGGUCCGGACCAUUGAACUCAACCGACCGAAAAAGCUCAAUUCUCUCAACGGGUCCAUGGCAAGAAAGAUCCUCCCCCGACUGAGGGAAUGGGAAAAGUCACAUCUCGCAAAUAUCGUCAUAAUCAGUGGAGCGGGCCCCAAGGCAUUUUGCGCAGGUGGUGAUGUUGCUGAACUUGCGACACAAAACAAGGAGGGUCCAGAGGGACAAAAGAAGUCGGCAGACUACUUUGCACUUGAAUACAAGCUGGACCAACUGAUCGCAACCUACAGCAAGCCAUAUAUUGCCAUCAUGGAUGGCAUCACCAUGGGUGGAGGUGUUGGAUUGUCAGUCCAUGCUCCUUUCCGGAUCGCCACUGAGAAGACCCUGUUUGCCAUGCCCGAAACCACGAUUGGCUUCUUUCCCGACGUCGGAGGGAGUUUCUUUCUGCCUCGCUUGGACGGCGAGAUUGGAACGUACCUGGCAUUGACCUCCGAACGGCUACAUGGUGUGCAAGCGUUCUACGCCGGCGUUGCCACGCACUACCUUGACAGCUCCGUGCUUGCGCAAUUGACCGCACGAUUGUCCGAAUUGGUUUUCAAAGACCACGCAAGUCUAAUGCAACGACUCCAACUCAUUGACUCCACCAUAGCCGAGUUCGCCAGCGCUCUGCCGUCGCCAGACUCGUCUGAUGCUGCAAAAUAUGGCAACCUGACUGGUUCUCUACGGGAAGCAGUCGACCGAACCUUUAAGUACGACACAGUAGAGGAAAUCCUGGCUGCCUUGCAAAAAGAGUCCGAAUCGGCGGACGAGAAGCUCGCCGAAUGGGCGAAAGCGACCCAAAAGACCAUUACGUUGAGAUCUCCGACCAGUCUUCGGGUCACCUUGCGACAAUUGAGAGAAGGUAGACACUGGAACAUCAGCGAGACUUUUGUUCUGGAACAUAAAAUCGCGAGCAAAUUCAUGGCCCAUCCGGAUUUUGUCGAGGGCGUUACAGCUCGACUGAUCAACAAGCCCCCGACCAAGCCUCAGUGGAAACCCGCGACUCUGGCAGAGGUGUCUCCGGCCGAUGUGGACGCAUUUUUCACGAUGCCUAGCAAAGAGGAUGCGCUGACUCUGGUGACGCCGUAUGAGGGCGCGCUUCCUCAGAAUUACACAGAUUAUCCUCACGCAAUCUUCGCGCUGCCGCGGGAGUCAGAUAUUCAAAAUGUAGUCAGGAGCUAUGGCAGGCAAGGGUCGAAGAGAGUGACUGAGGAGGUGCUGAACAGGUGGAACCACAAAGCUGGCGUGAAGGAGAAGGUCCAAGAGGUUCUUGCCCGGAAGACCGUAUCGGCGGACGGUAAGGCGAUAUCAUGGAAGAGCAAAGACGCCAAUCUAUAG